GGCACCAGUGGCUCCUCUUCACACUACCAGAGAGACACUGAAGGAGAGCUGGAAUUGUGUUACACUGCUCUUGCCUCUUGAAAUCAGACUGUAUCGUCCUCUUCAAAGCUUUGUGACACAGAAUUUCCUUGAGUUGAUUAUGGAGGAUGUGAAACCCGGCGGCUGGCAAUAUGGUGUAGCUGGAAAAAACAGAAUGGGUCUCCUUCGCAGGUCCUCAUCACUGAGGAGUCCUAGAGAGCAGGGUAAUUAUGAGGCCCCUGUGGCGCAGGUGAGUGAGUCCCCUCACGCAGCUCGUCCACAGAGCUGUAUCGAUGGUGGCAGGAUGGACAAAUGGCUUCAAUCACUGGAGAGACUCCAAGCACAUCCAUUUCAGAAGCAAAUACCACCAUUUGUAGACAGAACGAGAUCUAUGCCAGCUCUCCAGAAGGAGUUGACAGGACGUAGCCCCCUCUUUCCUGAUCUUUCCUCUCAUGGAAGGAGGAAUCAGGCCCCUAACAUCUGUCCCAGCCUGUGUGAGACCUCCCUAAGCAGUGUGGGGUCCAUGAAGUCUCACGCAAGGUCAGAGAGGAGCGAUAUUGUACACUUUAAACCUGGUCCCAGUGCAGAGAAAGCUCAAUUCUGCUCUCUCGCUCCGGUUCGCUUCGGGUGGCUGCCCACACAGAGACAUGUGAUAUUAACGGAAAUGUCUAAUAACGCAUGCCACCAAGACAACAGCAAGUGCCAGCAGAAACUGAAGUCUCCUAUUACUCCAGUGUUACUCAGUAAUCCUGUCAAACUGAACGGAUCCGGACCAAGUGACAGAAAACCAGAGCAAAGUGUGAAGACGGAACCUGUAGCCUUCAAAUACUGGAGGACACCUGAAAAGACAUCAUCUACCCACAAGGCUUCAGGAUCUGUGAGCUCAGAGGGAGGUAGAAACGGAUCACAGGCUUGGAAUCCGACAGCCAAAUCGACCAGAAAGGUGGACACGGACCAGUCUCAGCAUGGUGGGCCUCGACCCAACAACCCAGCUUUGAAAGAUCCCACAAACAGACGCAGAAGUGCACCCGAGUCGUUUUCUCUCAGAGUGCCCUCUAGUGGGGACAACGGCUGUGCUCCUAAAUACAGCUCUUCAAUAUCAUCCAUCACUCUCACUUCGAGGAGGGUCACACGCACUUCUAGUCUCCCUGACACAAGUCGACUGACCCAGAGGUCUCUGAGCCCCAUGACGAUGAUGAGUAAAGAUGCCACCGAUCCUCCAAAUGCCUUCUCUUCACUCAUUAUGGCACGAAGAAAAGCCAUGGUGGUCAAAGUCACUGAACAGCUGACAAAUAGCAAAACUAGCUCUGAUCCAAGCACUACAGGGUGGCCCAUCACCCUGACCCCUAGCUAUGACCAAGGUUGCAAAGAAAACGACCACCACGUGGUACUGAGAAGAAAAGCAACCAUAGUGAAAAUGACAGAGCAAAGAGAGCAUUUUAGUCAAGGACAGCCCUAUACAACAAAAACACCAAAAUACAGAUACAGCUACACUGAGGGACUCAACAGAACAGAUGUCAGAACAUAUGACAGUAACUUUGGAGUUAGUCUGUUAGCUAAUGAAGCUAAUGUCGCCAUGGCUAAUCCCUCAUGUUUUAGUCGAGAACAGCCAGAUACAACAACGGCAGCAAAAUAUAGGCACAGCUACACUGAGGGACUCCAAAAAACAGACAGCAUAAAAAACAGUAACUCUGGGGUGAGCCUGUUAGCUAAUGAAGCUAAUGUCACCAUGGCUAAUCCCUCACGUUUUAGUCGAGAACAGCCAGAUACAAAAACGACUGCAAAAUUUAGACAUAGCUACACUGAGGGACUCAACGAAUCAGAUGCCUUAAAGUAUAAUUGCAAUUCUGGAGUUAGCCUGUUAGCUAAUGAAGUAAAUGUCCCUUUGGCUAAUCCCUCUUAUUUUUGUAGAGAACAGUCAGAUACAACAAAAACAGCAAAAUACAGACAAAGCUACACUGAGGGAUUCAAUGAAACAGACAGCCUUACAUACAGCAGUAGCUCUGAGGUUAGCCUAUUAGCUAAUGAAACUAAAGUUGCCAUGACUAAUCCCUCAUGUUUUAGUGGAGAACAGCCCGAUUCAACAGAAACAGCGAAGCUACACAGAUGCAGCUGUACUGAAGGACUUAACGGAAUAGAUGGCAUAAAGUACGACUGUAACUCUGGUGUUAGCCUGUUAGGUUAUGAAGCUAAUGUCCCCAUGGCUAAUCCUUUUAGACGAGAACAGUCUAAUUCAUCAAAAACAACCAAGCUACACAGACACAGCUACACUGAGGGACUCAAUGGAACAGAUGCCAUAAAAUACGAUUGUAACUCUGGAGUUAGUCUGUUAGCUAAUGAAGUGAAUGUCCUCUUGGCUAAUCCCUCACACUGUAGUCAAGAACAGUCCGAUAAAACAAAAAAAACUAAAUAUAGACACAGCUACACUGAGGGACUCAACGGAACGGAUGCAAAAAAAUACGAUAGUAGAUCUGGAGUUAGCCUGUUGGCUAAUGAAGCAAGCUUGGCUAAUCCCUCGCCAUUAAAUCAAACUUUUACCGUAUCUGUACAGCCAGGAGAAAACAAGUGGAAGUCUAGCAUGUCUCUUUACCUCAACAACCCAACAGACAGUAGUACAGCAGAAGAGACCAACAGCAGGAAGUAUAAGCCGCCUCAAAGGCCUCUUAACUGUGAUGCUAGCCUUUUUAACCACACAGAGCUUGACACUAUUGCAGUUACACAUCCAACAUUUCACAACAAGAGCUCUCCUGUUUCCCAGAAGACAAAUAUUGACCUUGUUAUUUCCAGUAGCAGUGAAGCCGGCAGGCACUCUGCCUCCAACAACGAUGCAAGGAUUCCAGGGAACGAGGUAUUUCAGUGGGAUCGAACACUUCAACAGAGGGAAGAAACUAUUUCUGGAAUCAAACCUCUCACUCUACUAAAAGUACCAGAUAACUCGGCUCAACUCACCGCAGAUGCUAUUUUGGCCUUAAAUGCUGCUGCAGUUAUCGCUAACAUAAAGCUGCAGGCCCAGCAAAGACAAAGUGUUCAGUGCCACAAUUCUUCUCCAGAGCAAAGACAAAGUACAUUAAACACAAAAACAGCAGAUGAUAGAGGGGUCAAUGAAGACAGCUAUCCCUCUCCUGACACUGAUGAAAAGACUGAAACAUCUUCUAUGUGUCCACAUGCUGAGUUUGUCCCAUUUGAGUCUCAAGAUGCCACUCUGGAAUCUUCUCCUGCUCAGCUUUCACUGAGAGAGGCUUUAGCCAUCAGACGGCCUGAUUUCAUCCAGCGCUCACAGGCUAGAGUUCGAGCCCUGGAGAGGAGGUCGCAGGAGAGGCAGGCGCUCCAGAAACCUCACAGCUCACCCCAGAGGACUGAGCUUGCAUGCAUUCAGCAACAGGGAGAUAGCCUUUUGAAAUCAAAAAACAGAGGCUUCAUUGGAAAGGGACUACAGCUGUGGACCAGGAGGAAUUAUAACAAGCUUCCUGAAGUGAGAAAAAAGAAAGAGGAAGAGAAAAGGAAAAAGGAAGAAGAGAAAAGGAAACUGACAUCUCAGACCAACAGGCUACGGGCAGAACUCUUUAAAAAGCCGGUUCCCGCCGCCUCCUUGCCCACCUUUACCUGUUAUAGUGGUGCCGAAACCUGGGAGGGAGGAGGGAUGCGCUGGCGCGGAGUCCUCACCACUGCCAUCCACCAGGGGAGCAGCCGUGGCCGUCUGCCUGGGGACGGAAGGGUCGCUUCCGGCCACCGAGAGCAGGAGGACUCACUGCCAUCCGCCAGGGGAAGAGCGAGCUGGUGUCCGCCAGAGGGCAAAGGAGCCAGAGUUGGGAGGGGAGUUGGUCAGAGCGGUGGCGCCCUGACCUGAGUCUGUUGGGGGAGGGUGUGGCCAGGCCGUGAUGAUGCACGGCCGGCGCUGAAUCGGCUGAUCAGCGGGAGAGCGAGAUAAAGGGGAGCCGGAGGCGCCAGUUCAAGAUAGAGAGACACGCACGUGGCCGUGUUACAUGUGUGUCUGUGUCAUUAUGUUUUAUGUUGUUUUAAGUUCAUUUAUAUCAUUAAAGUUUAUGUUUACUGUUUAGCCAGUUCCCUCCUCCUCCUUGCCCAACUUUACCUGUUACAAUCUGACUUUGGUAUGUUGU